AUGAAACUGAUCAACUCGCCUCUGAUUGCGGAAGCUUUAGCUCUCCGAUCGGCUCUUCUCUCUGCAGAAGCAUUAGGGCUCCCAAAGCUCCGAUGUAACUCUGACAACUCAACGCUCAUCAGAGCUAUCAACACCGACACGCAGGUCAAGGAAAUCUAUGGUAUCAUCCAAGAUAUCAAGCUCAUCUCCUCUGCUUUUGUCGCUAUUUCCUUUCAUCAAUUUGCUCGAUCUUUGAAUGUGGAAGCCGACUAUAAUAAAUUACCGCUGUAUAUAUAUGUAGAUCCAUUCUAUACAUUAUCAAAUCAUCCGGCACUUUCAAGCCUGAAAAAAAGCUAUAAAAAGAACAUGGAGAAGCAAAACGACGUUGUGGUAAGAUUAGCAAAACACGUCAUCGAUACCGUCGCUGAAGGCUCCAACCUCGUCUUCUCACCAACGUCAAUCAAUGUUUUGCUCAGCAUCAUUGCCGCUGGUUCGUGUGCCACCACCAAAGAACAAAUCCUCUCCUUCCUCAUGUCACCAUCAACAGAGCACCUCAACACUGUCUUGACAGAGAUAGUAUCGGUUGCCUUAGCCGAUGGCAGCGAGAGAAAUGACUUGAGCUUGUCUACGGCUAAUGGUGCCUGGAUUGACAAAUCUCUACCCUUGAAGCUUUCCUUUAAAGAGCUUUUGGAGAACUCCUACAAGGCUACUUGCAGCCAGGUUGACUUCUUUAACAAGCCUGCGGAUGUAAUUGAUGAAGUGAAUACAUGGUCUGAAGAUCACACCAAUGGACUCAUCAAGCAGAUUCUUUCAAAGGAUUCCAUUGAGGAUAUCCGUCAAAGCACACUAAUACUUGCAAAUGCAGUGUACUUCAAAGGAGCUUGGAGCGAAAAGUUCGAUGCAAGAUUUACAAAAGAUAAUGAUUUUCACCUUCUUGAUGGCACCUCUGUGAAAGUCCCGUUUAUGACCAGCCAUAAGGACCAAUACCUAAGACGCUAUGAUGGUUUCCAAGUUGUGCGCCUCCCUUAUGUAGAGGAUCAACGACAAUUCUCCAUGUACAUUUAUCUUCCUGAUGCUAGCGACGGAUUGCCUACUCUCCUUGAGAAAAUAGGCUCCGAACCAGGAUUUCUUGAUAACCAUAUUCCAGACUACCAAAUAGAAUUGGAUGCUUUUAGAAUUCCAAAGUUUAAGUUUACUUUCGAUUUCAAAGCGUCAGAUGUUUUGGAGGAUAUGGGGUUAACUUGCCCGUUUAUGUCUACUGGAGGCGGUCUAACUGAGAUGGUUGAUUCACCUACUGUCGGUGCGAAGUUGUAUGUCUCAAAAAUUCUUCAUAAAUCUUGCAUUGAGGUGGAUGAAGAGGGAACUGAAGCUGCAGCCGUUUCUGUUGGUGUCAUACGUCCCCAGUGUUUGAGGAAAAAUCCAGAUUUUGUAGCUGACCAUCCAUUUCUUUUUACGGUAAGAGAAGACAAGAGUGGAGUGAUUUUGUUCAUGGGUCAAGUUCUUGAUCCCUCAAAACAUUGAUUCAAUUGCUGGUGGCGUGGAAGAAAACAUUAAGCCAAUAAUAUGUGUUAUUCUAUAUAUUUUGUUGUAUGUAUUAUUUGUGAUGAAAUUGGGUUUGUAAAGCUAGCAACUGAAUUUGCUGGUUCUGUCACUUUUUCUUUAAUAAUAAAGUUGUUUGGUAGUAGAAAAAAUAAAUAACUUCAUCCAGAUGAUCAACUCUAGAGUGUGUAUAAACAGAAAGAGUUUAAUGUUCCGUCGCGUACCACUAAUCUUGUUAGCAUUGUUAACAUGAGGUAUUAACUCUUUUCUUCAAAAUUUGUGAAGGUGAUGUUUAUUGGAAAAACCAUUUACAGAACUGAAGUGAAAAAACCACUAACAAACUACUUCAUUCUCAUACACUUUUGGUUUCCUUUUGAAAAUCGCAAACUAUCGCCUUUUUCUCUUUUGGUAAAUCGAUACAUCCCAAGUUCGAUUUUUUUUUUUUGGUAAAAUUUAAAUUGUUAUCAAAUAUUUGUUUCCAAGUUCGAUUUUUAUUUAGACUAACUAACUCUUCUGUCAUGACACUUAUCCAUUCUUCGUUCUCACUGUUUCUUAUAGCUUUCAAAAAACUGGAUGGAUUACAUAUGCCAACUGCAAAAGUUGUAAUUGACUAUACCUUCAAAACAAACCUGAUAGAAGGCUAAUAUACACGUUUAAGUCUGCUAGAAUACGUAUGAAGCAUGUCCAAAAAUAUAGAUUCUUUUUCAUUACUUAAAUGUUAACAUCAUUCAAUGUUGUGAUGAUGCCAUUAUGCUUCCAUACUUGAUCAGUCCUACACCUACGACAUUCCACACUUUGUCGUCCUCGGUCCUCUGACCGAACAUAACCCUUGUUUCCAACUUUAUAUGUUUCAAACCAUUCUUCAAUAGGAAAACUGUGGAAUGAAAAACAUGUAUCCAUAUCCAUGAAUUUGUGUGAUUCUUUGUGGAAGGCGAAGAGUGAUGUUUGUGAUGGGUUACCUUUUAAGACUUUGCCUGCGGUGUGGUAACUCACCUGUUUUUCUUCUCAUCACUUGGUCAAUAUGUCUUAUUAUACGAGAUUUUUCAAAAGGUUGCACUGAAGUGUUCAAAUCAAGAUUAAUUGGUCAGUCGGUUCGAGUAUUAACAUAAUUUAUCCGUUUCGUGAGACAAUAUAUCGCGUACAACUAGUUGAUUUAUAAGAAGAACUAGAUUUUGACCCGCGUUUGGAAAGCGCGGAUUUUUUGGAUUAUAUUAUAAUACAAAGUCUUAUUAUAUCGAAAAUAUAAUUUUUAACAGUUAUAUAAUCUAUGAAUUAGUUUAUUUGAUAUUUUAUAUGUACAUUUUUACGUAAAUUUCUUUUACGCAUGAGAAUUAUAUCCAGAUCAAAAAAACAAACCGAACCGACCCGGAAAUAUAGGUUUAGUUCAGGUCCAGAGAAAAUAACCUAUUUGAGAUUUUUUUGGAUCCGCAUGUCUUUGUUUAAGUCCGGUUCCUACCCUAGACUCGAUCAUAAAUAUGUUGUGUUUAUUAGGUAUAUUUGGAUAUUUCGAAUAUGUUUUCAGCAUUAUGGAUAUUGUUUUUUGAUUUUUGGUUUACGAUUAUAGUUUUUGAUUUCAGGUAAAUUUUCAAAGUAAAAAAAAAUUGGGUAUUUGGAUAAAAUUUUGGGUAUUUUCAGUUCAGUGACAUAUUUUAAAUAAGAUUUUGAAUUUUUAGGUAUUUGAAUUUUUUUGGCUCUUUGUUUGAAGUUUCAAGUACUUUUCGUGUUUCAGAUAUUUUUCAGAUUUUUUAGAUAUUUCGAAUUUUUUUAGGAUCCUAAAUACCCGAACAGAUGUGGACCCAUUACGUCUAUAUCGGGUCCAACAACCUUUUGAUAUAGAUUUUUAAUGUUAUUGUACAAAAACAUGGUUGAUGAAAUAGUUUUAGAAAACUCAUUUUUAAAUAUGAAAAUAUCUAUCAAACUCUAGAUGGCUGAAAGUGUAGUAUAUAAUAUGAGAUUUUAGUAGGAAAAUUUAUAUAUGAUAUGAUUACGUUAUUAUAAAGAAAAGAAGAAGUUAGAAUGUACACAUAUAUGUCGUGUAACUUCUCUUGCUUUAAAUCAUAUAUUAUAUGAUAAAAUUGAUAAUAUAAAACAUUAGUUUCAAUGUUUUUAUGAUUAAAAAUCAAAAUGGUAAAUAUAGUAAUAGUAAUGAUUAAGAUGUAUGAGUGAUAUUUGAAUAAAUAAAGGAAUUGAAUAAAUUAUUGUUAGAGAAAUACAUGGUAACAUAUUGUUAGUCUAAGUUUAAGGUAAGACCAAAAAAUAAUGAGUUAAAUGAAAGGGUCCAAACAACUUUAUAAGUAGAUUUUUUAAGAUUCCUUCCUUUUUAAUAGUAUUGAUAAUAACAAGUUAUAAAUUGUUUGAAUAUAAUAUUCUUUGUUUCAGACUUCCAGUUGAUUGACUUUGAACCACAAAUCUUUGUUUUCAAUUAGUCAAAUACGAAAAGAAUCCUCUCUGUAUUUCAUUUAUUAUUUUAAAGGCAUCGGCCUCUGUAUUCACUUCAUCAAUUACUUUCUUUUCUUAGAAAAUUGUGAAAGCGAUCUUAUUUAGAAAAUAUUUUUAGAUAAGAUUUUUUUUUUUAUAAAAUGUUAAAUUUAUUGAUCAUCGCAAAAGAAUAGUAUAUAUACAACUAUAAUGAGUUUUUAGAAAUUAUAAAAUGAAAUUUGAAAUAGCCAAAAGACUAAACUGCACUAGCAUGAGCUUCAAACCAACGUAUCAUCAGUCCAUGUAGUUUGGGAUUGAGCACAUAGUUUGUGGAGGAGAUGCGAUUCCUCACAGCCUUGUCAAUUAACCUUGCUAGCUGAUCCACCGAAUUGUUACUGGAGUUGUGUUUCUUUUCAUUUCGCUCACGCCAGAUAAAAUAUAUGGUGGCUUGCAGGAUCAGUCUCAAUAUAAUGAAAGUCAGGCGAUCAUACGAACCCGUAAGAAGCCUAGACAAGGUAAUCGAAAAGUGAUUAAUUGCUAAUUAAAAUAAAAAAUAUUGAUGGAGUUUUAAUACUCAUCCAAUAAAAUUUCAGAAGAGGGCUUUUGAGACUUUACUAGAUGAGUAUUAGAACCCCAUCAAUCAUUUUUUAUUUAAUUAGCAACUAAUCAAUUUUUAAGAACUCAUUCCUCACUCUUAGAACAUGAUUAGUGAUAAUAUCUGACCAAAUCUCUGAGAAUGAAAAUAACAAAGAGAAAUGAUAA